AAAUACUGAACAAGUAUUAUUGUAUUUCAUAUCUAUAUACAUGAGUGUCUAUUUAUAUAGAAGACAUGAAGUACUGUACAUGUAUAGUACAAAUACACUACAAGUGUAGUACAAGUGUACAAAUGUAGAAUAAGUAAAUAAGGAAUACAUAAAGGAAUACACGUUAACAACCAUAAAAAUUCAAAAUUUUGAAUCAGUGCUAAUUUUCCUGGUUUAUUGCGGUUUAAUUCGGGUUUUUAAGCUCACCCCUGGUCCAUGGCUACAAAAUAUCCUCUUUCGGUUUCGUUCAUGAGAUGCUCACUUGUUGCAGUUGCUACUUCAGCUGUGAAGUUCCCUCCCUGCAGCAAUGAAGCUAAUCAUCUGAUCAGAGAGAGAAGAUGAGACCAAGCAGAGAGCCCAGAAGAAGAAGCCGUUCAUCUCCGCGCAGGGAUCGACCGGCCGACACGACCGGGUUCGAGCCAAGGCCAUCUGGGACGCGCUCACCCAGGCUCGCCGCAUCCUCAUCUUUUCUCGACACUUUCGUGUCCGAGGAUUUCCCUGCCUUGGAAGACCUCCACAUCAGCAACACUAAGACAAUCCCUAGCCCUAAUGCUAACCCUAGAAGUUUUCCUUACAGUGUAAAGCAACAGUGCUGGGAGAAAGCCGAGAAGAUCAAAGGGCGAGACCCAGAUCGUUGGAGGUUGGACGCGCUUGGGAACAUCGUGUUUCGGAAGCUCGUGGGCUGCUCCGGUUGUCUCUGUCACGAUUUUGAUCACAUUAUUCCGUACUCCAAGGGGGGCAAAAGCACACUGGAUAAUUGCCAGGUUUUACAGGCAACAGUGAAUCGAUCUAAAGGGAAUAGGACUGAGAUAUCCAAAGCAGACCUUAUUCAGAAAAGUUCUUAUUGUCGGGUUUCAGGUCGGGACAUGGAUCUCCUGGAAAUCUCAGCUUAUGGCAAUGUCCGACAUGGCCAAGACUCUGGGGGAUGCAACAUUCAAUGACCACAUUAAUCAGUGGCAAUUUGCAUGUUGUAAAGUUGACAUUGGGUUGAGAAGAGGAUGAUUUUGUUAGAUUAUCAUGACCUUGCAUACAUUGAUUACGUUCAAAUGGUCCUUUUCUUUCCAGAGCGAGGGGAAAUCAUAUGGACUUCAAAUUUGGCUGCACUGUCCUCGUAUAUAUAUAUAUUUGACAUAGGUAUUUAAAAACAAA